AUGAGUCAUAAUAAAGAUGAGAAUAAGACAUUAUUAGGAAUGUCUUCUGAAGAAGAAAGAUUCGAUUCAAAUACAAAUAGUCCGGUUAGACAGACACAUCUAUCACCGCAAAUGAGUUCAUCCAUGAUGAUGAAGAACAAGAAAAAGUCACCUACACAAGCAACGGAAUUCACAACCAAUAGAGUACUCAAUGCAAUCGGUGGAAAUGUCGUUGGAACGGGCGGUGGUAGUGGAAGUGGUUCCGAUUCGAUGAAGAUGAUGCAUCACGAUACUUCCAGUGGCAGUGGAAGUGGAAUGGACGACGACUAUAACAAUGCUCUCGAGCUAAUGGAGAUGCGCGAGAAGAAAAAGAAGAAAAAGAACAAGAAAAACAACAAGAAAUGGCGUGAGAUGACACCGGAGGAACGAAGAAUCAAAGAGGAAUCCGAAGAUGCCAAAUCGUUCUUCUCGAAUGAACGAACGUUUCUCGGAUGGAUCGGACUUACUUUUUCACUGGGUGCAAUUGGGACUGCUAUUAUUACUUUCUUUGGUACUGAGGGUGUUUCUCUUGGCACGGGUUUGUUUCUCUGGGGCAUUGCAAUUAUGUUUAUGUUGUAUUCAACCGUUCAAUUUAGAAGAAGAGGACAUGUUGUUUAUUGUUUUCAUGAAAAUAUGGUUUAA